GGUCACACUGUCCAAAGGUCCAGCUGCGUCGUUGAAAUUUUUUCGAUGCCUCUUCGGUUUGUUUUAUUUCAAAGGAAAUAGCAAGAAUUACAAGUUAAAACUUAGUUCUUAAGACACAGACGCCGAGCCGGCAAGAAAAUGAAUAUAUACACAAAGCUGCGCGCCCGGGAGCAUGGUUUCGGAAAUGAACGUACCUACGACUUUGCCCUGCGGCGCCUUUCCGUGGCCAAGGAGGACAGCUGGAGAGGCAUUGCCCCGGCGAGCUAUUGCCCGGACUUCAAUCCAGAGCCACCAAUCUUCUCAGCCAAGUUUGCCAACUGUGACCGAUACCGCCACAUUCUUGCGAUAGCCAACGAGGAUGGUAAGAUCACGCUGCAGGACACUACCAAGCGGAAUCUCGAACCGGAGGAGCAGUCGUUGGCUGGUCCGCAAUGCCACUUCAAUGCUGUUUUCGACCUGGAAUGGGCACCUGGCCAGAUGCGCUUCGUUUCCGCCUCAGGUGACCACACAGCCAGACUGUGGGAGGUGUCUGGAUCUGGGAUUCGUGGCCUCAAUUCCUAUGUAGGUCACACGCGAUCCGUAAAGUCGGCGGCUUUCAAGCGCACAGAUCCCGCCGUUUUUGCCACUGGAGGACGUGAUGGCGCUAUACUCAUCUGGGACAUAAGAGCCAACCUCAAUGUGGACCUCACCUCGCGCGUGGACAACUGCAUCUACAGUGGACACACUGGUGGACCUGGCACUCCGGUGUCUCAGCGGAAGCAGCGUACGCGAACGCCCAAAAUGGCAUCGGGAACUACGUCGAGUAGCAUCACUGGCUUGGCCUUUCAGGAUAACGAUACUCUGAUCUCUUGUGGUGCUGGUGAUGGAGUGAUCAAGGUGUGGGAUCUGCGUAGAAACUAUUCCGCUUACAAAAAGGAACCGCUGCCACGCCACAAGCUGCCCUAUGCGGGACAAUCCACCUUCCGGGGAUUCACCAAUCUGAUCGUGGAUGCGGCGAGUACCCGACUGUAUGCCAAUUGCAUGGACAACACCAUCUACUGCUACAACUUGGCUUCGUAUUCGCCUCGACCCCUGGCAUGCUAUAAGGGACUUCUCAACUCGACGUUCUACAUUAAGUCUUGUCUGAGUCCGGAUGGGAAAUAUUUGCUGAGCGGAAGCAGCGAUGAGCGGGCAUAUAUAUGGAAUCUGGAGCAUGCCGAGGAGCCGCUGGUGGCUCUGGCCGGGCACACUGUGGAGGUGACAUGUGUGGCCUGGGGCUCCAGUCACGACUGCCCUAUUGUCACCUGCAGCGAUGAUGCCCGCCACAAGAUUUGGCGCAUUGGGCCGGAUUUGGACGGGCUCAGUGAAUCGGAGCGAGCGGAGAAGUACCGCGGAACUGCCUCCUAUGUCAGGGAAUUCGGUAGAAAAACAACUGCUCCAUCCAGUGGUAAUCAUAAGUACAAUCUUCGCGAUCUGGAAUCCACUCCGAGGUCACUGAAGCGUCUGAUGGAUCAGAACGAGCGCACACCGGGCUCCGUGGAAAAGGUAACGACGAAGAGAUCGUUCCUAGACAUGUUAGGUGUUGCUGGAGGCGAAGCUGAUGCCACGGACCAGCCGCAGAAACGAGCGAAGCCUCUUGAGUCGCGUGGCAGGAGACUUUUCGGGCCAUCUACCCAGGAGAACACCUGCCGACAUAUCCAGCUGCAAGCCAUAAACGAGGAGGAGGCCUCUCCCAGUAAGUUCCAGAAAGAGAACGCCGCAGCCGAAGAUGUGUCGCCACUGCCCAAGCUCCUGAAUACGCCGAAUCACUCACCUUUGAGUGAAAAUGUGAAUCAUAUGUAUACCUCCCCGCCCACAACGUCAGCUGCAGCAGCGGCGGCAGCUGCAUCAGCAGCUGGAGAAGUUUCCGCCAGUCCAGCGCCCCUUUCCGCCGUUAUCUUCUCACCCACCUCCAACCUCCCCAACUACGUGUUGGACGGCGAAGCCCCCCAUUUGGGAAUCAUGUCUCCAAAGCGCAAGGCCAAGGAGAAGGUGGACUGGCUGACGAAUAUUCGGAAGCAAAAGUUGAUGAACGGUCGGGCCCAUGUGACGCUCAGCGAUAAGAUCAACGAAGAGCAGCAGGCCGAUGUCCUUGCCUCGCCACGGCUGCAGAGCCUUCGGCAGUCAGAGUGCAGUCCCCGUCUCCAGGCAACUCCCCGUCGUCGCAUAUCCCACACGGACGGUAGUGGUGGAACUCCCGUCAGCAGCUCCACCCAUUCCCAAACCCAGCCUAGAACUCCCACAUCCAGUCGGAGAAAUAGCGAGACGACUCUCCUGCGAUUCUUCAGUAUUCAAAGAAGUAGUAGUGUGCCAGCGGAGGACAGUACACAACGAACGGAAACAGCUCCCUCGUCACCAAACCUUCCGGAUGUUGCUGCUCCCGUGGCCACGCCUCACACUCUACACACACCCACCACGACCACGGUGGGCAGCGAUUGACACGGGAUCCCGAGCCCCCAUCUUUUCGUUUCAAUUCAAUGGGACUCUGUUUUCCGACACCAAUAUUGCACUUGUAGUUUUAACCGGACAUUGUUUAAGUUAUUUUAUGUAGAUCGUAGGUCGCAUAUUUUGUGGAGGGAGUUGGUAACCAACUUCGAGGUCCAUUUGUACAAAGCCCAUACAAAAAAAAGACUAAUGUAUCCAAACAAAA